GGAGCAGCGCCAUGGCUGCAGCGCUGGGUCUGGGGCUGCUCUUGGGGCUCCUGGGGGACCCGGGGGGCGCGACCAAAGUUCUCCACUCCCUGCAUUACCUGGAUGUGGCAGUGUCAGAGCCCAGCCCGGGGAUCCCCCAGUACAUGUCCAUGGGGUACCUGGAUGGGAUCCCCUUCACACGCUAUGACAGCGAGCGGGGCCGGGAGGAGCCACUGUCAGAGUGGGUAAAGGAUUCAGCUGAUCCAGAAUAUUGGGAGAGGAACACCCAGCUCAAUGUGAGGAACCAGUACAUCGAUGCCAGGAACCUGGAGACGCUGCGGGAGCGGUACAACCAGAGCGGGGGUCUCCACACAUUGUUGCGAGUUUAUGGCUGUGAGCUCCUGUCUGAUGGGAGCAUCGGUGGAUCCCAGCGGCACAGCUACGACGGGCGGGAUUUCAUCUCCUUUGACCUGGAAUCUGGGAGAUUCAUGGCAGCUGACAGCGCUGCUGAGAUCACCAGGAGGCGCUGGGAACAGGAAGGGGUGGCUGAGGCGAGGACGAAUUACCUGAAGCACGAAUGCCUUGAAUGGCUCCAGAGGCACGUCAGAUACGGGCAGAAGGAGCUGGAGCGCAAAGGUGGGAGCAGAAUUCCUGUGGGGAUUUGGGAUUUGGGGAUGGAGGACUUGGGAACACAGUACCGGUGCAGGGUGGAGCAUCCCGGAAUGCCGGAGCCCGGGAUCUUCGCUUGGGAGCGAACAUCUGGUGGGAAUCUCACUGUGGUGGUCGCUGUGUCCGUCAUCGCUGCCAUCCUCAUCCUCAUUGUCCUCAUUGGAUUCGGCAUCUGGAAGCUCCAAUCCGGGAGGAGAGACUGGAAGGGAUACAACCCGGCAGCCGGAAAGGACGUGGGAGCCAAUGGCUUGAGCACAGGAAUCAUCGCCUGAGUGACCCAUGGAGCUGGAUCUGGCCCCUUCCCUCUUCCCUGGAAAGCUGAGAGCUGCCAGCAGAGCUCAUCCUGCUGCAACCACCCACCCCACAGCUCUUGCUAACAGAUCCAUUUCCCAUUUUCAAAUGCUUUAAAGGCAAGAACCACAAAUAUUCACAAUGCUUCGCUUUUGGUGUGAAACUAUCCUGCUUUGGGCAAUAUAUCUGGGUUCCCUUCUCCAGUGUCUGACAGUUCAUCUCUGGGAGCCAGAAAUGGGAAUGGGGUCACUGGAGCAGGGAUGGGGACACCAGGAAUAGGAUGGGAACACCAGGAGCAGGAUGGGGAGAUCAGGACCUGGACUGGGACACCAGGAGCAGGAUGGGGACUUGCCAGCCACACCCGGCUCCAUCUCCCGGGAUUAAUUUCCCGCUCCGUGUCCCAUGUCUGAGGUGUCCCCAGAAGGGUUUGGCCACGUUGGGCUCCUGGAUGGGCAGUGGGAUGGGGGGAGGGGUCAGGCCAGGCCUUGUUGUUCCCAGAGGUCCUUGAGUGUCCCAAAAUCAGGAUCUCAGAGAGGUUCCCUGGCCAUGACCACGGCCAUGACACGAGCAUGAGAUGGCCGUGAGAAUGACCAUGAGUGACACAACCCUGAGAUGACCAUGUCCAUGGGAUGACCAUGACUGUGACCAUGACCAUGACACAACCACAACCCUGACCAUGAGAUGAUUUGGAUGAAGAGAUGACCGUGGGUUGGCCAUGGGAUAACUGUGGCCUUGAGGUGACCCUGACAUGAUCGUGGCCAUGAGAUGACCAUUACAGUGAGAUGACCCUUAGCAUGAGAUGAUGGUGAUCAGGAAAUGACCAUGACCAUCACUAUGAGAUGGCCAUGACCAUAAGAUGACCAUAAGAUGAUUAUGACAAUGGAAUGACCAUGAGAUGACUAUGACACCACCAUGGCCAUGAAAUUAUGAAGGCUUUGAGAUGACCAACACUAUGAACAUGACACAAUCUUGACCAAGAGGUGACCAUGAGAUGACCAUAAUCGUCUCACACCAUGGCUAUGUGGUGAUCAUGACCACGAAAUGAUCAUGACACAGCCAUGGCUGUGAGACAAUUGUAACCAUGAGGUGACUGUGAGAUGACCAUGAGAUGAUUGUGACCAUAAGGUGAUGGUGAUGACCAUAACUGUGGGGAACAAGCCUUACAGAAUAAGGACCUUUCCCACCUUUGUUCAAUCCUGUUCACUUCUGUUCACCAAAAGGCCCUCUGGGAAGGUUCAGCUGUGGGUUGAUGGCCAGAGAGUGGGUUGGUGGUUGCCUCAUGUGUGAGGCAGGGAUUGGCUGAGGAGAUGUGUGGACACCACAUGAUCAGAGAGCUGAUUGGGUAAAGGGACACAUCCAUAGCAACACUGCAGUGGCAGGCAGACAACGCGUGCUUAUUUUGGUUAAGUUUGGGGCAAGUUUUGAGUAUAAAAAAGAUCAGUUGGUUACAAUAAACAAACUUCUUUGAAACAA